GGUCCAGAGUUUGGAGCAGAACCCUCAUUGGCCCCGGGGUUCCCCCAUUCUUCCCAGUGUUUGUCAUCAGACCAAAAGCUGCACAAAGAUGUCACUUAAACAGCAGAUCACCAUCGCCGCCAUCACGUCACGUAUCAGAGCGCAGAGCUGUGGACUGAGAACGUGAACCAGAACGUUCUGAUUACGGCUUGUUUGUUUUUUAUUUGCUCUACAGGUUUUCAUGGCUUCAAACAGUCUGUUCAGUAGCACCAGCCCCAUGCUGUACUGGGAUACUGUGGGGAAAUGUCGGCAGGAUCCGUCACCUAAAUGUCACCAACUGGAUGAGCAGGAGGUGAGAACUUCUUUGCAGCAGCACGGCACAGCAUCCCAAAGAGGCCUAGUGCACACCGACAGCCCGAACUUCCUCUGCAGCAUCCUGCCACAGCACUGGAGAUGUAACAAGACCCUGCCCAGAGCCUUCACUGUAGUUGCUCUGGGUAAUGACGUGCCAGACGGCGUGGUGGUGACCGUGAUGGCUGGCAAUGAUGACAACUGCAGCGCCGAGCUACGCAACGCCACGACCACCAUGAAGCACGGCUAUGCUCAGUUCAACGAUCUGCGCUUCAUAGGUCGCAGUGGCAGAGGUAAGACUUUCACCCUGUCCAUUAACGUGCUGACCUCACCUCCUCAAAUCGCCACCGUACACAGAGCCAUUAAGAUCACUGUGGAUGGACCUCGGCUGCCACGACGUCAGAGACAGAAGGAGCUGAAGUCAGGAAUGUUCCGGCCCUCCAGCAGCAUCAGCAGUACCGCCCCGUUAGACUGCAGAUCCUUUUCCUCCUCCUUAUGGACCAACGAGCCAUCAUUUCUGAGUCAGAUGACAUCUCUGACUUCCUCCUUCACUCCAGCUCCCAGACUCCAUCACCUGCCCUCCGUCCCCUUCUCCGCUCAUCCUUCACCAUACGGCUCCUACUUGUCCUCUGCUGCUUCUGUUCCCCCUCCGCUGAGCCACAGUGGCCCCUUCCAGCCAGGCGGUUUCUACUACGGGUCAAACCAACCGCACCAAAGCACAGGGGAGGACCGCAACAUUGUUGCAGCGAUGUCCAAUUACAUAGAAGGGCCGUGUCUUACCAUGAGAGGGGAGGAGCCUGUCUGGAGACCUUACUGAUGACCGUGUGUU